GGAACAGUUUCGAGCCAAACCUGCCCAGUCCCUGAGGCUCUGACAACAUUCCCGGACUCAGCUGUCAGUGAUCCCGGCUCCGGAUUAAAGGCAGAUUCCGGGUGGAGACGCCUCCCGGUGAUACCAGAGCCUGAAAAUAGCCCCCACCCGGGGCCGAUAUAAACCGGGAGCUGUAACCCCCCGCCGCAGCCACCCCCGGCACACACACACACAGAGACAGAGACACAGAGAGCGGCUCUCAGUCCCUGCCAACAGGCUCCGGCUGGAAUGGAGCUCACACCGUUUGCAGUUUUAGACUCCUUCCUGAAUGAGGCUGACAACCAGAGCAGGGAGUUUUACUCCGCUCAAUGGGAGGAUCAGAUCAUGAGAACUCGAUCUGAGCACCGGUGCACUGUGAGUGAGGUGAAUCGUGCCCAGAAGGAGAGUUAUGACGGGAGAUCCCAGGUGACCUAUUUGGUGCAGCGAACCCCGACCAACCUGAUGAGGAUGGGCCGCCUGGGAGAGGAGCUGACUGAGUAUCACCUGCCUUACCGUAACGUGCUGCCGUUGGCGAUCUUCACACCGGCUCAGAUCAGCACCAAAAUGGAACGGGCAAUGACUCCCCCAGAGCUGAGGGAAGUCAUGGAGUUCGAGUGUGCUCUGAGUGGGAGCUGUAAGGACAAGAGAGAGGUCUCGGACAUCACCAAAGAACUUCCUCCGGUCAUGCAGCCUGUCAGACUGGAUGGCAAGAAACCCGACAUGGUCCGAAGAUCCCUGUCGAGAUCCAUGUCCCAGGAGGCUCAAAGAGGCUGAGGGCAGCGGGGAGCCUGG